UCUUAGUAUGGAGCAGAAGUUGAAGCAUUAUACGGCUAUACUGUUCUACUGACAGAUUCACAAUGCUGACAAUCAAUGGCUCAGUUUUUAUGCCUUCUGUAUUAACACUCGUUGGGAUACCUGGCCUGGAGUCAGUGCAGUGCUGGAUCGGAAUUCCAUUCUGUGCCAUGUAUAUCAUCGCUUUAGUUGGGAACUCCCUAAUUUUAGUGAUAAUCAAAAGCGAAAAGAGCCUCCACAUGCCCAUGUACAUUUUCUUGGCCAUUUUGGCAGUCACAGACAUUGCACUUAGCACAUGCAUUCUCCCCAAAAUGUUGGGCAUCUUCUGGUUUCAUAUACCACAGAUUUCCUUUGAUGCAUGCUUGCUGCAAAUGGAACUCAUCCACUCAUUCCAGGCAACAGAAUCAGGCAUCCUCCUGGCCAUGGCUCUGGAUCGCUAUGUGGCCAUCUGCAACCCCCUGAGACAUGCCACCAUCUUCUCUCCACAACUUAUGAUCUGCCUUGGAGCUGGUGUCUUACUCAGGUCUUUCAUUCUCACAUUCCCAAUGAUAUUGCUCAUCAAAUGCCGCCUAAAGUACUACCGAACUACCAUUGUUUCUCACUCUUACUGUGAACACAUGGCCAUUGUGAAAUUGGCAGCUGAAGAUAUCAGAAUCAACAAGGUCUGUGGCCUCCUUGUUGCCUUUGCCAUCUUAGGGUUUGACAUAGUCUUCAUUACCUUCUCCUAUGUGCGAAUCUUCAUCACCGUCUUCCAGCUGCCUCAGAAGGAAGCUCGAUUCAAAGCCUUCAACACCUGCAUUGCUCACAUCUGUGUCUUCCUACAGUUCUACCUUCUGGGCUUCUUCUCUUUCUUCACUCACAGGUUUGGGGCUCACAUCCCCACCUAUGUGCAUAUCCUCCUGUCAGAUCUUUACCUCUUAGUCCCACCUUUUCUCAACCCCAUUGUCUAUGGUGUUAAAACUAAACAAAUCCGUGACAAAGUCGUGAAGAUGCUUUUCUCCAAUAAACCCCUGUGAACAUCAAGGAUUCCCUCUGUUGAAAUGCUGUGUGGUUUCUAAAUAGUAACUUGAAUGAGUUAAAUCUAUGUUUUCUCCAAACAGGAAACUGUGAUAGCAUGUGAAUUUAAGAUACUUAUAGUUUGUAAAUGUAUGUGUUAAAUAAAAUCAACCGUGUUUA